AUGGCAGAGGCCCAGCACCAAGGAUUCAAGGAUUCGAGGAAGCUACCUGGGCCCUCCCUAGUAACGACCGUAACUACUUCAGCACCAAGCAAGCAUUUUGGGCGCCACCAAGAUCCAGGCUGCAGAUUAUCCAGGGCACUACUGCAUCACGAAUCGGACCCAGGAGCAUCGCCUAACGGUGGUAGCGCCGAAUGA